GUUGAUGCGGCCUUCUAGGCUUCCUUCCACCUGGUCUCCGCACCUGAGACGGGGGAGAUGCGGAGACCGUCGCCUUCGCCGCCUCCGGCGAGGCACCCGACGCUGGCUGCAGCAGCGGCUGUCGUGCUCCUCCCGGCUAUUUUCCCCGGGCUGUUCUCUCCGCUCGGCCGCGCCUUCCCUUCCCUAUUCUCGGAGUGGAAUGCACCUAAGCCAAUGCAUGAGUUUCUUUUGAAUGAAGCUUUGCGGUGGACAAUUCUAGACGACCACAAGAAAAAUCUGUGGACAUCCUUGCCAUUUCAGGGGUGGAAACCAUGCUUAAAACCAUCAACUGCUCAUGGGUUACCGUUGGAACCCAGUAGGUACAUCCAAGUAUUUCUUGAUGGUGGGCUGAACCAACAAAGAAUGGGGAUCUGUGAUGCAGUUGCGGUUGCUAAGAUUCUCAAUGCUACUCUUGUGAUCCCACAUCUUGACAUAAACCCUGUUUGGAAGGACACAAGCUCAUUUGAAGAAAUUUUUGACGUCGAUCACUUUAUCAACACCCUAAAAGACGAGGUUUCAAUUAUCAAAAUUCCGCCUAAAGAAUACCUGUGGAGCACAAGAGAAUACUAUGGCACAGGCAUCCGUGCUACAAGAAUAAAAACUGCACCUCUUCAUGCCUCAGCUAGUUGGUAUCUUGAGAAUGUCAGUCCUAUCCUGCAAAGCUAUGGGAUUGCUGCCAUUGCCCCUUUUACUCACCGUCUCGCAUUUGAUGAUUUGCCUGCGGAUAUUCAACGUUUGCGCUGUAAAGUUAACUUUCAAGCUCUGGUUUUUCUUCCUCACAUCACAUCACUCGGGGAGACUCUUGUGAAGCGCUUGAGGUCUCCAGUACAUGGUCAUUCCAGUGAAUUUGCUCGACAAGUUGUGGAAGAGAACACAUACCAGGCUGGAAAAUAUGCAGUUUUGCAUCUCCGAUUUGAUAAGGAUAUGGCUGCACAUUCUGCUUGUGAAUUUGGCGGCGGUAGAGCUGAAAAAUUAGCUCUGGCUAAGUACAGACAAGUUAUCUGGCAAGGGAGGGUGUUAAACUCACAGUUAAGUGAUGAGGAGCUCCGGAACACGGGGCGGUGCCCAUUGACUCCAGAAGAGACUGGGCUGUUGAUGGCAGCCCUGGGCUUUGACAAUAGUACUCGGCUUUAUCUUGCUUCUCACAAGGUAUAUGGUGGCGAAGCUAGGAUCUCUAGCUUGCGCAAACUUUUCCCGCUGAUGGUGGACAAGAGGAGCCUUGCAUCUGAAGAGGAACUUGCUAAUGUUCAAGGGAAGGCUUCUGUGCUAGCAGCUCUUGACUACUAUAUCAGCAUCCAUAGUGAUAUUUUCAUCUCUGCAUCUCCUGGGAAUAUGCAUAAUGCAGUGAUGGCUCAACGGGCCUAUAACAAUAUGAAGACUAUAAAGCCAAACAUGGCAUUGCUUGGCCAUAUCUUUGUUAACAAGAGCAACGAGUGGUCAGAAUUUCAGCAGGCUGUACAGGCAGGUCACAAAGGCAGAUACGGACAAAUCAGGCUGAGGAAGCCAAAGCAGUCAAUCUAUACUUACCCUGCCCCGGAUUGUAUGUGCCAAGGGUAGAUUUGUAGCUUUCACGUCAAGACUGGAUUCAACGAUACACAAACUGAAGGAGCCCGGCCAACAGCUAAUCUUACAACAACGUUCAGAAAAAUUGGUAGCUGCAAAGUAGGAAAAUUCCUUUGUGAAACAGAUAGUUGAUGUUUUGCUCGGAUCAUUUAGCCCUUCUAGUAGAAUCCAAUCCUGCUCCAGGUUUGAUAUGGAAGUUGUAGUUUCGUGACUGACGUUAUAUAUUUGUGACUUGGCAUACUGUAUCUUCUUUGUUCUUCACUUUUCUUUUCUUUUUGUAGCGCAAUAUGUGCAGAUGUAAGUAACAGGACUUCUUGCUUGAAAAUUUUGAUAAGCACAUUUGAGUUUC